AUAUCUGACAUUCCGGCGCAUUUAAAAAAUAAAUUGUUUUUGUAGGACAAAUUUUUAACGGCUUUAAAUAUUUUAACUUCAGAAAAUUCCAAAUAAUUGGCAGUUUUUAUUUACGUUACGUUAAUAAACAUUUUAGAAUGCUGAAUAGUGUUUUAUUAAUUAUGAUAUUGUAUUUAUUUGUGGAAUUCAAAAAAGCGGAACCUUAUAAUUGGUUUGUUCAUAACAUUCUUACAACGCCAGUUGAAGAAAAGAAUCUUACUUUACCAGCACUUGAAAAAGAAUACUUUCUUUCAUUUGAAUAUUAUCCCAAUAAAUUUCCCUCUUCAGGUAGUUUGUACAAUGUUAUUCAUUUUAAUAAUAGUUUUGGACCCAGUGUUAGUCUAAAUUCUCAUGGAUACUUGCAGAUAUGUUUAUUUAAUGGCAUUGAAAAGAGAUGUUUUAACACAAAUUCAAUUUUGUUAGAACAAUGGAUAAAAAUAGAUAUAAUUCAAGAAUUGAAAAAUGAAAUUUAUCAAUUUGAAAUUAAACUAAAUGGGACAAAUGUUCAUUCUGCAAUCAUUUAUAGGCCUAAACGUUUUGAAAAUCUUACACUUUAUGCUUUGGAUCUAAUGUUUCCUUCAACUAAUUUUAUUAAAAAUAUAUUUGUUAUUAAUGGCAAUGCAACUCAAGCAAAUAAAUCUUCUAUAGCUGUCACAACAAAAUCUCUAACAACAAUGAGUGUUGAGUUGGCAACAACAAUUACAAUUGCAAAAACUGAAAGUACAAAAAUUCAAUCAAAAACUACAGUUGAUGCUAUUACACCAACUAAAUCUGCAACAACCAAAACUGAACCUACAACUACAAAUACAAAUGAAAUUUUAACUAAUUCUUAUGGUCCAUCUUACUUUUGUCCCUCUUAUUAUUAUGUGCUGAAUAAAUCAAGUUUUUUGCCAAUUGAGAAUAUCAAAGGUUCUAAAAUAACUUACACUGGUAAAGGAGAUAGUCGCUUAACAUUUUCACUUGCUACUACCACAAUAAACUUAAGAACUUUCAACAGACCGUGCUUCAAUGAUUUCAGCCAAUGUAAGAAUGGAAUGACUAUUAGCUUUUGGUUUAAUUUGUUAGAUGAAAAAAUUAAUUCUGAAUAUAAAAACAAAUAUGAGUUGUUGACUUUUGAUGGUGAUUCAAAUGAUCAAGUUAAAGUUUGGUUCACUUUUGUUGAUAGUCAACUUUAUUUUAAUAGUGAAAUGAGUAUUUCAGGGAGCACAGUUGCUAAUGCUAAAGAUAAAAUUAGUUUUGAAAAUUGGUACUAUGCUGUUUUAUUAUACAGUGACGAAGAUGGAAUGGCAGUGUACUUAAACACAUAUGAACUUGAAACAACUAACACUGGUUUUACUCAUAAUGAAGCAGUUAAUACUUAUACUACCAUAGUUUUGGGAAUGUUUCAAAGAGAAAUGGAUAGUUCUAAAUUUCUUAAUUUGGAUAUUAGUGUUGACAAAGUUGCUAUUUGUGAAAAAAGGCUUACAAUAGAUGAGAUUAAAGCUAUUUACUUCUGGGUUAUAGGUACUGUAUCCCUUUUGACUUGCAAGAGUGAUGAUGAUGGACUUGAAAUAAAAUGGAAUGCAUCAGAUCCUAAUUCUUUUGAGCAAUUUGUAUCAUAUGAAUUAAAAUGGUGGAGUGAAUCUAGUAAAUACGAUACAAAUAUUGCCAAUAUAUAUAACAUUAAAGACAAUAAAUUGUUUCGUAUUGAAGUUUUCGAGCCAAAUGUUCUCUACAAUGUUAACUUAACAGCUAUUUCACUUCAAGGUUUUCCACUUAAUUACAGCUAUCAGAAAAACUUUUGUCAAACAGGAGUGAUGAAAAGAAGCAAAUUAAGUAUUUCUUUUACUGACAAAAGUGUUUCAAUUAUUUGGGAUAAAAGUCCGCCUGAAGAAAUAUACUCAUUCCAUAUUUUUUAUGAAACAAUAAAUUCAAGUGUUGUUUCAAAUGAAGAAAAGGUUUGGACUUCUACCCUUAAUCAUACAAUAUUUAAUUUAAAACCAGCAACAUCAUACAAGUUAAACAUUCAUAGAUAUGGUUAUGGUGCAACUAUCAGAGCAAUAAGAUUUUUCGAAACAUUGCCCGGUGUAUUAACUCCAACAUCAUUACCAAGUUCAACAAAUUUUCUAGACAUCACCAAGACUCAACCUUUGAUAAAAUACUGCAAAAGAGAAAUAUUUAGAGUAAUUGACUGGCCAAUGACUCCUUCUGGUAAAGCUAUAUCAUUGAGUUGUCCAGGAAUAUCCAUAGGAAAUGCGACACGGAGUUGUGUUGAGGAAUUAUGGCAACAGCCUGACAUGAAUGAUUGUAAAUCAAAGAAUACCUUUUUGAAAACAACAGAGCUAAAAUCUUCUACAGAUGUUUCAAAAGAAUCUGAGAGACUUUCUACAUAUGUACUGAAUAAUAAUAAUAUGCAAUUUGGCAGCGAUCUGGUAAAUGUUAUUGAUGCUGUUGAAUCUCUUGUGAAAAGUUCUCAAAUUGUUAAUCAGCAGCAAAUAUCUAACUUUUCUCAGAUUGUUUUAAACAUAACAAGUCAUUUGUUAGAUAAAGACUCGUCCAUGUUUUGGAAUGAUUUAACUCAGGAAAAACGCUCUAAAGAUGCAAUAAAAUUGUUAAAAGCAACUGAUGAACUCAUUGAAACUUCGGCCAAACUAAACAGCACUUCAAAAGUAAUUUUAUCAGAAAAUAUAGUUGUAAAUAUCCAACCACUUUUACCAACAAAAAAUGUUGUUUGGUGUGUUGAAAAUGAAGUUGUAGUUCCUAAAACACUGUUGGAAGAAGAUAAAAAAUAUGUUGUCAUUGUGGCAUCAUUUAAUAGAUUUAAUGAACUAAUUGGUGUUCCUGAGUCUAAACUCAAAGAAUCUAAUCUUAUAAAAUCAACUCAACUAAAACUUAAUUCAAAAGUCUUGUCGGUCUCAUUACUUCCCCGUCGUAGCUUACCUUCUGGAAGCUCUAUUGUUAUUGUUCAAAAGCUAGAUCAGCCUUCCAUUGGAACUCCUCACUGUGUUUACCUUGAGCACUUAAAUAGUUUUAAGAGCCUAUGGUCUAAUAAAGGUUGUGUGGUGGAUAAAUUCAAUAGUUCACAUGUGACUUGUCGUUGCAGUCAUUUAACAAAUUUUGCUAUUUUGAUGUCUGUUACAAAUCAUAAUUUAUCGAGUUUUCACAAAAUGGUUAUGAGCAGGGUUACAGUGUUUGGUUUAUCUGUGUCACUUAUUACAUUGCUACUUUCGUUUUUUUCAUUUGUCUUUAUAAAAAAAAUCAAAUCAAUUCGAAAUACUAUUCAUAAAAAUAUAGUGUUUGGGCUAUUUAUGGCAGAGUUAAUUUUUAUAUUUGGAGUUGACAAAGUAGAAAACAGAAUAGGCUGCCAAGUAAUAGCAGUGUUCCUGCAUUAUUUUUUCUUAUCAACAUUUUUUUUAAUGGCGUUUGAAGGAGUGGUCCUAUAUUUUAUGCUUGUUCAUGUGUUUGGAAUGCAUGGUAAAACAUCUGAUCAUGUCUAUAAACAUGUUGUAGCAUGUUGGGUUUUACCAGUUUUGGUUGUUAUUAUUAAUCUUGCAAUUGACCAAAAGGCUUAUGGAAAACAUAAGGAUCAUUGUUGGUUAUCUGUUAAAAAUGGUUUUAUAUGGAGUUUUGUUGGGCCAGUUUUAUUUGUUAUAAUAAUAAAUAUCUUCAUCUUCUUUAUCUCUUUACGAGUUGUAUCAAAAAAAGCAAAAAAGCGUUCUUCAGAUGUUGCAAAAUUGUGGUAUUGGAUAAAAACUUCGUGUUUACUGUUAUGUUUCCUUGGUAUCACUUGGGUUAUUGGAAUCUUUUACAUAAAUUCAAAGUCUGUUUUCUUUGGCUAUAUGUUUAUGGUAGUGAACAGUUUACAAGGGUGCUUUAUUUUCCUAUUCCACUGUGUAUUUGAUGUUAGGGUUCGGAAAGCUUGGUAUGAAUUUUUUUGUUGCAAAAGCGGAAAAGAUAGCUUUAAAAUAUCUAGAAGUAGUACAUUGAGUUCUUUUUUUCUCAGUAGAAGAAGUAAACAGAGUCUUAUCAGUUCAAAGAAAAUCAAAAAAAGUGAAGAUGCUUUACAGGAUUCUAAUCUGGAUGCUGUACAUUUAACGGCAAAUUCAAAGUGCUAAUUUUCUUCAUUUCCGACGGAUAAUUUAAAUCUUUAAACCAUAACAAUUAGAAUAUAUGAACCUCUGGACGAUAGCAAUUAGAAAAUAUGAACCUCUGGACGAUAGCAAUUAGAAAAUAUGAAUCUCUAGACGAUAGCGAUUAGAAAAUAUAAACCUCUUGACAAUAACAAUUAGAAAUUUUGAAUCUCUGGACGAUAGGAAUUAAAAAAUUUGAGUUUCUGCACAAUUGAAAUUAGAAAAGAUUUGUUUAGAAACUAAAACUUUGCACUUUUUUAUGCAUAAUAUUGGGUUCUUACUAUUCAAUUUUUUUGAUAUUUGAUUUGUUCCAACAAUUUGUACUGUUUUUCGAAUAUUAUUAGAUUUUUUUUAUAUAUUGUUAGAUUUUUCUACAGCAAAUUACAGAAAUAUUGUUGUAUUAAUUUUUA